AUGUCCGGACCGGCCAUUGCCGAAUUCAACAUUCCGCCUUUCUCUGAGUGCUGGGCGCACUUGUACAACUUGUGCUCUCACCCUGGCGUCUCUGUCGAUGUGCUUGAGCGGUACAUCGUUCUCAUCCGUGAGCAGACAGUUCGCUACGUCAACACACUCCCCGCGUCUGUGCAGGCUUCCAGCAAGGAUCGUGCCAAGGAGGACAGUCUUUACUUCUUUACUUUGGCGGCGUCAAGCUAG